AAUGGACUUGCACUGGUGAAGGGUUUAAAACUUAAGGCUUUGCUUGGUCCUUGUAAAUAGGGUCUGAAAUCUGGAGGUGGCCUGGGUUUGGAUUUCAAGUGGAAAGGCCUUUAAAGGGAUCACAGGGACAAAACUUGAAGUUAAUCUGGAAGUUAUCAUCAGUGGGGAAUUUGGAACCUGGGACUUUGGAGGUCAUAGAUUUAUUACUGUUUGUUUGUUAAGGGACGUUUAAAUUUGGAACAUCAACUUUCAGCUGAGAGUGAAGAGUUUGAAGGACAUUAUCUGUCAGAAAAAACAGCAAUGACUGCCAACAGCAUGCCUAAGCAAGUGGAGGUACGAAUGCACGAGAGCCACCUGGAGCCCAUCGAGGCCACACCUCGGUCCAAAUGUGCCCUCAUCUGCCAGAAGAUGCGCAGGAAUCUGCUCCUCACACUUACUGUAAUGGGUGUGAUAUUGGGAGCUGUAUCUGGUAUGCUUCUGCGUGUGGCCUCUCCUAUCGAUGACAAUAUUGUCAUGGUAAUUGCAUUUCCUGGAGACAUUCUAAUGAGGAUGCUAAAAAUGCUCAUCCUUCCUCUCAUCAUCUCCAGUUUAAUCACAGGUCUCGCAGGUCUAGACGCAAAGUCUAGUGGUCGGGUGGGUACCAGAGCAAUGAUUUAUUACAUGUCUACCACUAUAAUUGCUGCCGUGCUGGGAGUAAUACUAGUGUUGAUUAUCCAUCCUGGAAACCCCAAACUGAAGGAAAACCUUGGGGAGGGACUCAAGAAUGAUGAGGUCUCUAGUCUUGAUGCAUUUUUUGACCUAAUUAGGAACCUCUUUCCUGAGAACUUGGUGCAAGCUUGCUUCCAGCAGGUCCAGACUGUUGUAAAGAGGAUUGAGAUUGAGCCAGAAUAUGAUAACACCAACAUUACCAGUGAGGUCUUUGAGACGUUUGCCACUAAGCCUCCUCCCAUAUUUAAGGAAAAGAAGUCCUUGGAGUAUAAGAGUGGAAUGAAUGUUCUGGGUGUGAUUGGAUUCUUUAUUGCCUUUGGUAUCUGCAUGGGGAAAAUGGGCGAGAAGGCAAGGCUUAUGAUUGACUUCUUUAAUAUCCUGAAUGAGAUUGUGAUGAGGCUGGUCAUUAUGAUCAUGUGGUAUUCUCCCUUUGGUAUUGCCUGCUUGAUUUGUGGUAAGAUUAUCUCCAUCAAGGAUUUGGAAGUAGUGGCCAGACAGCUGGGGAUGUACAUGGUUACAGUCAUAAUCGGCCUGAUCAUUCAUGGUGCUAUAUUCCUGCCAUGCAUUUAUUUUGCCAUUGUGAGAAAAAAUCCCUUCAGUUUCUUCAUGGGCAUCUUUCAAGCCUGGAUUACUGCCUUGGGAACAGCUUCAAGUGCUGGAACACUUCCUGUCACCUUCCGCUGUCUGGAGGAAAACCUGGGCAUUGACAAAAGAGUAACCCGCUUUGUACUGCCUGUUGGUGCCACAAUCAAUAUGGAUGGCACUGCUCUGUAUGAGGCAGUAGCUGCUAUCUUUAUUGCCCAGAUGAACGGCAUUAACCUGGAUCCUGGUCAGAUUGUCACAGUCAGUCUUACAGCUACACUGGCCAGCAUUGGAGCAGCCAGUAUUCCUAGUGCAGGGCUGGUAACCAUGCUGCUCAUUCUGACCGCAGUGGGGCUGCCAACUCAGGAUAUCAGCCUUUUGGUAGCUGUUGACUGGCUUCUGGAUCGUUUCCGUACCUCUGUCAAUGUAGUGGGUGACUCAUAUGGUGCUGGGAUUGUGUAUCACCUGUCUAAAGCUGAGCUGGAUGCCCUGGAUGCUCAGCAUGGGAAGUCUGAUGACAUAGAGAUGACCAAGACACAGUCCUACUACGAUGACCUAAAGAACCAUCAUGAAAACAACUCCAACCAGUGCGUCAUUGCUGCUCCAAAUUCAGUCAUAGUAGAUGAGUGCAAGGUAACCUCGGCAGCCACAAAUGGCUCAACUACGGAGUAUGCACUCAUUGAAGAGGAACCACGAAAGAGUGAUUAAUGCAAGCACACAGACCCCUUCUGUAUCCAGUUCCCCAAGCUUUUUAUUUACUGAAAAAAAGAGAGGAAUAAAAAGAUCUGCCAAAAUCAUGCAAACAGAACAAAUGAUGGGGUUUUGUAGUUUAGGCUCUUAUGAUGCUCCCAUUACAGUUCAUUUGAUCUAAAAUAACAUAUGAACUAAUGUUCAACGGGCUUAAAAUCACAUUGUCUGAUAGUGCACUAACUUGUGCCUAUGAAUUAAAGCAUGCACAUAAUGCAAGCCUUGACUGGGUAAAGAAAAAAAAUGUAUUCCUUAAAUUAUUCCUGAAAUUAAUAUAUAUCAUAUGCAUUCCAUGACUCUCAAACUGGUAUUAUGUGAACAGUUUAAUGCAGUUAAGCGCUUUCAGAACAUAGGGAGAGAGUACACAGAAAACGCGUCAGUUCAGUUUGAACUAAACAAGCCUAUGCCAAUCCAUUGCUUUCCUGUUCUUUUACAGCAAUAGUCAUUUACUUUUGUAUAACCUUACUCCAUCUGGCACAAUCUGUUAGUGCCUUUACUUGUGUCUCAGAUCCCCAGUCAUCUGCAGGCAGAUCUGGGCUUGUAUAACAACACCAUUUCAAAAAUCAUCCCUACACUUAAAUCCAUUUAAACAGAGUAGCAUGUACAAUAUAUAUAAUGACCAGGGGAUAGUGUUUAUUUCCCUUACUACUGUUUUGUUUUUUAUUUUAAAUUUUACCAUAAUUACCAAUUAUACCAUACCUAUAGCUAGAUAAAUAAUUUGAAUUUAUCUCCUCUUUGCCCCUGUAUGGUUGACUGAAUAAGGUAUAAGGUUCUCUCCUUUAGCAAUGAUUCUGUGACACUGUCUGUGUACACUCUCUCAAAUGACAGUCUUUUUUUUUUAAUCACACCUUUGGUCCUACUAGAAAAUUCUAAUAACUAUAGAAGUUAUGGUACAUGCGCAAAGAAAUGAAAAGCACAAGACAUGAGACUGAAUGCUUUCACCUUUGUGACCUACUAACCUCUCUUUCCUAUUUUUUUUCCAUUUCCUUUUGCAUGGAAGAACUCAUGUGACUAGGUAAAACUAGGGAAAAUAUGAACAUCAGCAAACGGACCAAACAAGCAACAGCCCACAGUGUCACUGACAUUCCCUAAAACUGAUGUGAACAAUAAACAAUCUACCUUUAGUCUAAAAGCACACACUGCCUCUUAUAGACAGCACCAGAGCCUGGUAAGAUUUCGCAGACUACUGAUAUUAAGCACAUCCUUCAGAAAAAUAUUAAUGCUAUUUUAUUGCUAUUUUAAAAGUAUAUAGUUUUAAAAUAUUAUUCACAUCUAGUCUUGUCAUGAUUGGGUGGAAUAUUAAGUAUCUGAAAAUAAAACUUGCCUUUUUGUGCCCAAAAAAAAAAAAAAAAAGUAAGUACUCUAAAUAAAUCAGAGCAUAUAGCUCAAGGCAUUCACUUUUUAAACGCUCUCUAUUUGCAUAUUGUAGAAUGUUAGAUACUCAGGCAAAUAAUGAUGCACUCAGUGCUAUCAGGGAAGACACAUUCCUAAUGCAGCCAGUUGAAAUAUUUUAUGCUAAGCCCUCUGAACAUGCUGGAGAGUGAUUACUGUUUACAAUUUCACCAUGGGUUUACAGCUUGCCAAAUGCCUAUUGCCUUUAUAUUAUAAAAGCUUGCACUGUAUGUAUCAGCUUCUUUCACAUGUACUGCCUAUAAUUUGUCAUUAUAAUACAAAUAAAACAACCCAAGAAAGCAAGCGUAUCACCCCAAUAGAAACAUGUUUAACACAAUAUCAUAUCAUUUAAAAAGUACAUUUAAAGUAACAAUGUUAAGACUAACAUUGCAAUUCAUAUCACCUUGGCAUGUUUCCUUUUUAAAAGCACACUAAACAAUCAUAAUUAUGUAAAAUGAAGCGAUUCUAAAAAGGAUGCUGAUAUUAACAUAAUACAAGAUUUUUUAAAAAUAAUAAUAAUAAGUAUAUAAAAGUGGAAGAAAGCAGGAGUUCCUAAGUAAACAUUACUAGAUCAAGCAUCCCAAUACAUACUCUCCGAAAUUCCCUUAGAUGUCCCUGUCCUUUAACACAGGCUCCAUAAAAUAUUUCCCCUCUUUGAAACAUGACUAUGACUGUUGUGGCAGACCGACCGUACUGCAAUGCCUAUCUACAAGGACAGCACAAACCUGGAGAAUUAUAGUAUAGUAACUGUAUGAGAAAUGCAAAGUAUUACCAAUUAACCAAAUGAUAAAUGGAAGGAAUGCACAAAAAAUAUAUAGGCAUGCUUUUUUUUUUUUAUAUAUAUAUAAAUGGCUAUGAUAAAUUUUCUUAGUAACCUCUUCUAAAACCUGGCUUGCCUCUAAAACCAUUAAUCACUAUGUGUUGUGUGUAUUGUAUAUACAGUAUGUUUUUUAAAACCCAUGUUUUAUAGCUGUUUAAAUAGAAAGCCACAUUGUGAGGAGCACUAUCUCAUAGCAAAUGCACAGCUCAUUUUCAGCUCUCAUGCAACUGAUUUCUGUGUCAUGAGAAUCAUCAGUGCAUUUUGAGUUUUGAUUAGCUGCUACAAUACUGCAAUGCUAAUGCAUAUUAAACACUACCACCUAUGAGCAAAUGUUGAUCUGAUGAUGGCCUAGAACAUAAGGACUGUCCUCAACUCACACAAGUGUGGACAUUCCUUUUUUUUCUUUCUUUUACUUUCUUGAACCAGUUUUUUCAAAGCAUGAUGUGAAAGUGCCUCCAUGCACUUUGUGUAAAUAUUGUAGGUAAUGGAUUUGUUUUAUGUUAAAUUUAGUGUUUAAUUGUGUGACUUUUUAUAAUUCAAUAGAAUUGUACCCUGUAUGUAAUAAAAAAAAGUUAGAUUAGAAAGCAUAUACAUAUACAAUUGUGUGUAACAUACUGCAUAAAUAGCUGUGUGUAGCUGUAUCACAUAAAUGUUUUAUAUAUAUAUAUAUAUAUAUAUAUAUAUAUAUAUAUAUAUAUAUAUAGUAUCUAAGUGUUUGUUCAAAAAAGUCAUAUGUGCAUUUACUUGAACGUAGUAUACAGUGGUGGCCGAAAGUAUUAAAACAUUACAUGAUUUUAAAGAAGCAUUUAAGCAGGCAUAAAUUGAGCAAGUGACAUCAGAGGAUUGAAGACGUCUUUUAGAAUAAAGGACUUAAUAUUAAAUAUUGAUUGUUGUAUAGCAAUUUCACUGCAUAAAAUAAUAAAUGAUUCUUGUUAGAUUGAUUGUCAUUAAUUUAAAAAAUAUAUAUUAGUCAUUAAAACAUUAAAUUUCACUUUUGUCCACCACUGUAAUAUUACUCUGACAUUUGCUUAGUACAACUUAUUUGAAGGCAAGAAAAGAAAGAAAAGUAAGUAUGUAUGUGAACUGAAAGCAUCUCAACUAGGAUGCCAAGAAUGAUUUCUAAUAUGGACUAGUAUUGGUGGUUAGGUGUAAAGUUUAAAAAAUUACCUAUAUGCUAUCUAUUUCACUGAAAGCUUGUGGCAGUAUUUUUUGUUAAACUGCCUAUGUGAUUUCUGCCUGAUUAUCCAAUAGAGACUUUGCUUUUAAUCACAGUUCAAGUCCAGUGGUCUUUGUGGUCUUCCAGAAAUAAGGAAAACUAGAAAAACAAUCACCUCUUAUACAGUCGUGUACUUCAUAAGCUCUGUUCUUUUUUUUAAUUUAUCAAUUUGACAAGCACAAACCCUAAGGCAGACUGGUCCUUUUUGCUUUUUAGAGUUGAAUGGACCAAGAAAAACCUUUAUAACACUAUCUUAUAUACCACAGAGUACCACAGAACUAUUUACCUUGUGUCAUUCUUCAUGCAUAGUUGAUGUAUUAAGUCAAAACUUCUAACCAUUUGAUUUAACAUUAAUGAGAUAUGAGUGAGAUAUAACCAGAUCUCACCUUUCACCUCUGGGACCAUUUGUUCUGUUUCUAAAUUCCUCUCAUUAUUCUUAUGAUGUCUCUUUUCUUUUGAUUUAAAAGGAAGAACAAAGAAAAAAAGAAAUACAAAAUGUUAUCCAUGAAAUAAAAUAUGUGUUCAUACAUAUCAAUAUGUGUUGUACCAUUGGUGUACAUACAAUUAUUAUAACUAAUAAAUGUUGAUUCAUAACUAA